UGUAUUCCAUCAUGCCAUUGUAACCAACGCAAUAGGUUUGGCAGCCGCAGAAACUACACAGCGUAUGCAUAUUAGCUAGGCAUUAAAGAGGCCGUCACCCGCCCGCCGCCCGUGCCCGCCGCCCUUGCGCGUCCUACGACACUUCGCGCCACGCCCCACCAAGGCGGGGUACCCAGGACAGCCCGUCAGCCACCAUGGAGUACCGGGACAAGCUGGUUCUGGCUCCCAUGGUCAGGGUGGGAAUGCAGCCCAUGAGGCUGCUGGCGGCGAGCUACGGCGCGGAUAUUGUGUACUCGGAGGAGCUGGUGGCGCAGCGUGUCAUCGCCUCAACGCGUGUGGUCAACGAAGAGUUGCAAAGCAUUGACUUCCUGGACCGGGGCGGAGAACAUGGCCGGGUGAUGUUCCGCACCACGGCGGAAGAGAGGCCGCGGCUGGUGUUCCAGCUGGGGGCGGCAGAUGCCGUAUUGGCGCUGCAGGCGGCGCAGGUAGUGGCGGGCGACGUGGCUGAAGUGGGCUUGAACAUGGGAUGCCCCAAGGCGUUCUCGCUCCAAGGCGGCAUGGGCGCCGCACUGCUGCGGAAACCGGAAAUUGCGGAGGAUAUCAUGAAGACGCUGCACCGAAACCUGAACAUCCCCGUCAGCUGCAAAAUCCGGCUCCUGGACACGGACCAGGACACAGUGGAGCUGGCCCGGAGGCUGGCGGCGUGCGGCAUCAACGCGUUGGCGGUGCAUGGCCGCACGACACAGCAGCGCCCGCGGGACCCCGCGCAUUGGGACCCCAUCAGGCUGGUAGUGGAUGCGCUGGCUCCCGACGGAGUGCCUGUGGUGGCCAAUGGGGACGUGUUCACCUGGGAGGACGCGCAGCGGGUCAAGCGCGAGACGGGAUGCGCCGCCGCUAUGAUCGCGCGCGCCGCAAUGUGGAACGCUUCCGUUUUCCGGCCGCAAGGCUUCCUGCCGCUCGACGAGGUGCAGCGGGAGUUUGUGCGGCUGGCGCUAAAGUGGGAGAAUGCACUGCCAAACACCAAGUACUGCCUCAAGGAGAUGGCGGACACCCCGCCGUCAUUCCUGGGCCGCUGCGGUGGCGUGCGGACGCUAGUGGGUCACGAGGCCAACACCGCCAUCACGCGUGCCAAGGACGCGGCGUCGCUGUGCGCGCUGCUAGGACUGUCCGCCGCAUCGCCACACGAGGACCUUGGAGACGGUGCCCCGGGGUCCUUCUCCGGUAUCACCAACGGCGGCGCCAAGGCUAAAGCCCCGAAGCAGCCGAAAGCACCCAGGCCGAUGAAGCACGCGCGACAGCCCAAAAAUGGACAGAAGCCGGAGGCUGUGGAGGAGCCUGGGGCAGCUGCAACCGGCUGCCAUGCACCGGAGGAGUCAGCCGGGGGCGAGGGGCUGAAGCGGAAGCGAGAUGAGUGCGGUGAUGCGGAGCCGGUUGCGCAGGUGCGGAGGCACGCGGACGCUCUUCCACAAGGGGCAUGAGUUGCGCAUCGCCUGUGGCUUGACCGGACGUUGGGGAUCCCAUUGAAUGCGCUAUUAAGAAUGCCAGCGUGACUGUAUGUAAUGCGUUUGCAAGAGCGCAGGAGUGAGCGUGGGCGGGGUACUGGAACUGACUUUGCGUACUGGUAUGCACUCUGCAACAUGCGACCUUAGAAGUCACUUGACUCACUUCUGUCAGCAAUUAUUUUGCCCUGCCUGGCGGUUGGUCAGCAAUGUAGCACUGCCCUGUCUAUAAUGAUGUAUGCGCGCUGUGGUGUGCAGUGUAUGGAAUACAUAGUGGAUCAGGGGCACCCCUAUAGCGGCAUUGGUACUGCCCUGUGCGGGUAAGAGCAGAGCUCAUGAAUGCCAGGAUACGAACGCUUGGAUAAAUGCGCUAGGGCAUAUUGGUGUGGACGCUGUAAAUGGGUGGAACAGGAACGUCCACUUGCGAGGUUGUCAGAGUGAAAGCGCCCGAGUUAGGGAAUGUCGCAGUGUGGUCGUUGCCCCAUUGCCUGGUUGGUCCGCAUGACCAGGGGAGGUGCGUCACUGCAGGAUGGCUCCAGUGGUGCAACACUGACUGGCUCGAGUGUGCUUUUGUGCUGACAGGAAGUGGGGGCCACGAGGCGCAACUAUUAUCGAAGAUGCUUGCGAAGUCGAGGAAGCCAGCGGGCACAGAAGUUGGAGACGCCUGGAGGCUGGCAAAGCAGGAAAGCGUGAGCACAAGCAGCGGCAGCAAUGGCACGUUAACUAGCCAACUACUGCUUUGGCGCACAUGGCUGUAGAAAUCUGCCCCUAGUCCACCGAAGGCGGAGAAAUGUCUUGGGGUAUGGGGCCGUGCUCCUGAGGAACAUAAACGUUUGGGCGCGGAUGUGGCGGGAUCUUAGACGUUUGGGGGUGUUGUUGGGCUUGCCCCCCAGAACUUCCGCGCAGGGGGGGGGGAGAGGGUAUGUGCCCGAGCCCAAUGAAAUCCCAACAGUGAAGGAAUCGGCGGGGGGGGGGGGGCGGGGCUGCGCCGACCGUACGAUACUACAACGCCACAUACAGUACCAUGUCUGAUGGGGUCUGAUGCCGAAGGUCUACCAAGCGAGCCUCAUUCCCCGGACAUCACUGGAGCCGGUUUGCACAGGCACCACCAGCCAGGUGUCCGCCCGGUCCAGCGGCCAUAUACACCACCAAACCGGAUGGCUCGUGGAGGCGUGUGCUUUUGUGCUAAACCUGAGGGCUGAAUCACCUGAAUGGCGUGAAUCAAGGGUGAUAGAUUAGCCCAGAUGGGCGGAGCGCAUGACGAGCAGUAAUUACCCAUUCGUUCUAUAUAGCAUCGUCAGUACGGUGCCCUCUCAGCAUCCGUUCCUUGCGCGGGGUGCCGGGGACUGCAUGUUCCUGGUGCUACCUGAUGAUGUGGACCCCCCGCCUCCCUCGCCUUGACCUUGCCUAUGGGGUGUGGGCGUCGGGUGCCGGUGAUACGGUUUUCGGUUGCUUCGUGUUGACUGCUGAGUGCUCGCGCGUCUGCGGGUUUUUGUACUGCAGGGCUAGCGUUUGGUUGGGCGUCGCCGGACUGUAUGCCCGGUGUACCUGGUUUUGCGUCUGGUGCUGUAGACCGCGCUUCGUGUGCCGACAUGGUUUGCUGCACGGUUGUAGGGCUCUGGCGGGCUUCGGCUUGGCUUCGACUUAUGCCGGUGUAGCAGCUGAGACACGCGUUUUGCGCAGAAACAAUGCAUGGUUUGGUGAAGGUCGGCAGCCAAUUGGGGAGAGGGCGGUUUCCCUUCGGGCCGGAGAUGGUUCCCUCACGUUCCCUC